AUGACCAUCAAACGCAAGCGCUCAGAAGACGAUGCCUCGCCGCUAUCCAUCUCCAGCUUCGGCACUCUUUGCACCCCAGACACCCAAUCACCCACGUUUUCCUCCCGUUGUGAUGGCGCAAUGGAUUUGGAUACCGACUCAGCGUCACGAGCAAAUGCAUGGAAUUUUGCCAGCGCAAGUCGCGUCAAGAGCAGCGACUGGGGCUUCCGAACACGCAAGAGAUUCCGGGAUAACCGUCCCGAUGAACGGUCAAUUCACGAAAACACAUUGAACAAACUCUUCACCGCCCAACAGUCCACUCCCGUCCUCUCCACCAUCCCAACAGUCUCAGUUCCCCCUAGUCAGCCCUCUCGCCCACUCCAUGAACAACAACAACCACAGAAAUCCACGCUCCACGCCUUCUGGAAACAACUCCCCGCUCCUCCCGUACGACCGCUCAUCUUCCCCAUUCAACCACGACAGUCACAGUCCCCGUCCCACCUCCCACAAUGCGACGACUGCGACGCGUCGCUCGUCGAUGACAUGGACGGCAUGCACGUCGACAUGGAUGUUGCCAUGGGAGGCGCCCUUGAGAGCAGUCCCUUUGCUUGUUGCGAGUGUGGGAAAAAGGUUUGUGGGACAUGUGCUGUUGUGGCAAACAGGAGGUACAAUGAAUCCUCUCCAUCACUCUCUCUUGCCAUUAAAAACUUGAUGCGCGAUGACCGCAUGCUAUGCAUUCUGGUGUACCUCCUGUGUAACAAGCAAGUUUACUUGACCUACUUUGCGCGCCAUCUCCUCAACAUCGUUCAGCCCUUCAUCUACUUUCUUCAAGUGGUGUGCACAUUAUGCAAAGUCCUAUCUUGCGGCAAAAAGAAUCCCUCUCUAUUGGCAGACUUUGGCGAGUGCUCUGAAGCAGUCCAAAACGCAAAAAGCUAUUUGCUGCGUUGA